ACUUCUUUCCAUUUCGUUUGAUUCCCUUUUCUUCCCCAUUUCCUUUUUUUUUCUUCUUUCUCUGUGCUGAUGAUGGUGAACGACGACUGGCUUACGGCGGCCAUGGCCGACGAUGGAGUGGUGGUCGAGUUGUUGGUGCGGUUGAAGCAAUCGCAGGCUGUGUCGCCUUCCAAAUCUCCGCUUCCGGUGACGGUGCCGUUCACUUGGGGGAUUAGGCAGCUGAGGUCUAGAACGGCGACGACGGUUGGUAGAUGUGGCGAUGGUGUCUUGGUGAGGAACAAUAAGGAUGUUGACUCAACCAGAUGGAGUCCUACGACGCCGCUUUCGUGGAGUGGUGGAGGUUCGCCUUCUGCUACGCUUGACGGUUAUGAGGAGUCUAGCCGUCCGGCUACACUCUCGCACGCUGCUUCCAGAUUUAAGGGUGCUGCUGCAAAUGAAUCCGGGGCUGGUACUGCAACAAAGAGAUUAAGACGAAAGAAGACAUUUGCUGAACUUAAAGAAGAGGAGAGCGUGCUUUUGAAUGAGAAAAUUCAUCUAAAAAAGGAACUUGCCAAUCUAAGAGCUACCUUCGAAGAACAAAGAGCCAAGAAUGAGAGUUUGAAGAAAAUGAAGGUGGAUUUCAACAUGAAAUACGCAGAAAAAUUCAAUACAAACUCCAAGAUGAUGAUGAUGAUGAUGCAAGAGGACUCUUCAUCCACACUAACCCAUCAAAGGGAAAGCUCUAACAUUGAAGCAAUUCCUCCAACAUUGCUGCCACUCACCGGGGCAGGUUCGGGGAGGUUCGAGGCUCAAUCGCAGACGAAAAGCAAAUCAUCGACCGAAGACGAUUGUGUCUUUUUCUUACCGGAUUUGAAUAUGACACCCUCAGAGGAUUGACCAAGGUGACAAAAAUACAUCGAUUAUGUCUCUCUUUCUAAUAUGUUGACAUGGUUGAAGCAAUUAUUUGAUGAUGGCAAAAAAGUUUGCUAUAUCUUGUACAAGGCCUAAGCAGACACUGUUAUUAAUAUUGGUUUAACAUUUGUUGAUUCCUACGUUCUAUAAUUUUUCUUUUUUGAAGGCUGUAAUCCUUUGGGUUAAACCCAUUGUUGAAUCCCUCCCUCUACAAUGGUGUAGGUUUUAUUCAUUCGUUGUAGCGUUCUAUAUAGGUACACAGUCACUGAAUUUGUUUGUCUCAACUACUUUGUUAUAAGGCUUUGUUUUUGGGCAUUUCCAC